GGUCACAUUCCUGAAGUGAUUCAGAAAUGUUUUUCGCCGAUGAAGGCAUCCCUUGAUGGUGGGCCGCGUCUCCGGAAUGUCUGAGCCGAGUCGGAAUUUGUUGACGGUAGGCAAUUUGGAGAGUGGCGUCGGAGGUAUAGAAGGAUGUGCCAUUAGUGACAUCUUCGAGAACAGCGGCGAGGAGUACUCGCUGUCCCCGCCGUCCCUCAUCCUCCAGCCCGAUCCGCCAGAGAGCCUGCCUCUGCCGAAGAAGAAGAACGCAAAGGUUGAGUUCGUGCAGCUGGACUCAACCGACAAGCCAAUCCACUUUGCCGAUCGCGACGACGUGAUCCAUGCCAAGAUCUUCGACGAGAUCAGAAAGUGAGUACCACAUUGCUGUGCGAGCUGAGCUUAUCAAACGGACGCAAUUAUCACUUGGUCAUCGCAUUUGCCGCUUCAGACACACAAAU